AUGGUCACAUUGGUAGCGGACCUCAUUCUCGCUGAAGAGGAAGCCGAUUCUGAGGAGGCAACAUCCAUCUGUUCGGGUCAGUCUCAUCCUCAUGGUCUUCGGGGUCCCUCUAGUCAAUCAUCUGGGCUUGGAAUUGCUAGAGAUUGGCAACCCUGUCUUGAGGAGCCUUUAGAUUUGCGCUUACCCCUCCUUUUGCCCGAGGACUGUUAUCCUUCAGAUGUCCCUGUCUAUCUUAACAGCAUAACGUCAUUAAAGAAUCCACAAAGCCAACAAUCUGUCUGCUAUAUCCCUGGUUCAUGUAUUACAUUCGACCACAUCUGUGCUACCCGAGACGUUAUUCGCCCUUCCCUGCGUCUGGGCAGACGGGGAGUUACCACAACUGUUGAACAGACAUUUGGUCAAAGGGUUGGCUUCACUCGUCUCUUUGACGAGUUGUUGUGUGGUGUUAAGAAUGGCGAGCCUCACUGA